UUGUCUUUUCUCAGUUGGCUUGUUGUCAUGGAGCGAUGCUUUAGUGUCAGCAGGGAUGAUUCAGCUCCUCGCUCCCCACCUCCUACAGCAUCUCCUCCUCACGUCCUCCCAUCUCCUCGUCACCCCCCUCCCGUUCCUCCCUCCUCGCCCCGGUCAGCUCUGACUCCUCCUUCUCCCAGACACAGACGGUCGAGUGUUGCGGGAGCCAUGGUGGACGUCAGCAAGUGGCCCCUGUUUUCUCUGCUGAACCACGAGGAACUGUCCACAAUUCGACAGGCGUGCGUGUUUGGAAUCUAUGCCAAUGAAGCCAUCUACAUCACGCAUGCAAAUGAGGUAUUCGUGGUUGGCUUUAACAGCAGCAGCUGCCUCGGUACGGGAGACAGCCUGAGCACCGUUGUGCCGAAGAAACUGGACUUCCUGCGCGGGAAGAAGGUGGUCAGCCUGAGCUACGGCAGCGGCCCACACGUCCUGUUAGCUACAGAUGAUGGACAGCUGUUCGUGUGGGGUCAUAACGGCUACAGCCAACUGGGGAACGGCACCACCAACCAGGGACUCUCCCCGGUGCUCGUCACCUCCAACCUGCAGAACAAGAAAGUCAAAGAGGUGUCGUGUGGCUCCCAUCACUCCAUGGCCCUCACUCACGAUGGAGAGGUCUUCGCGUGGGGUUAUAAUAACUGUGGCCAGGUGGGCUCAGGAAACACAGCCAACCAGCCGUACCCCCGCAGAGUGACCGGCUCGCUGCAGGGAAAGACCACAGUCAGCAUCACGUGUGGACAGACGUCCUCCAUGGCUCUAAUCGAUAACGGAGAGGUGUACGGCUGGGGGUACAACGGUAACGGACAGCUGGGUAUUGGUAACAAUGGAAACCAGCUGCAGCCGUGUCGCCUCACUACACUCCAAGGGCUUUGUAUUUCACAGAUCGUAUGCGGUUACGGUCACUGCCUGGCUCAAACAGACGAGGGUCUGCUGUACGCCUGGGGAGCAAACACCUACGGUCAACUGGGAACCGGCAACAAGAGCAACCAGCUCAGCCCCGUGCAAAUCAUGGCCGACAAAGAGAGGAUUGUAGAGGUCGCAGCAUGCCACUCGACUCACACCUCAGCAGCCAAGACCCAAAGUGGGCAGGUGUACAUGUGGGGUCAGUGUCGGGGUCAAUCCAUCGUCGCGCCACACCUCACUCACUUCACCAGCACGGACGACGUCUUCGCCUGCUUUGCCACGCCCUCCGUCAUGUGGAGGCUCACGUCGAUGGAGCACGACGACUUCCUGACUGUCACCGAGGCGCUGAGGAAAGAGUUCGACAGUCCGGAAACAGCGGACCUUAAAUUCAGCAUCGACGGCAAAUGCAUUCACGUUCAUAAGGCCGUGCUGAAGAUCAGGUGUGAGCACUUCCGCUCCAUGUUUCGCUCUCAGUGGACGGAGGAUCAGCAGGACGUGAUCGAGAUCGGACAGUUCUCGUACCCCGUCUACAGAUCCUUCCUGCAGUUUCUCUACACGGACACAGUCGACCUUCCGCCCGAGGACGCCAUCGGCCUGUUGGACUUGGCCACCUCGUACUGUGAAAACCGACUGAAACGUCUGUGUCAGCAGAUCAUCAAGAGAGGCAUCACUGUGGAGAACGCCUUCACGCUGCUGUCUGCUGCCAUACGAUACGACGCAGAGGACCUGGAAGUGUUCUGUUUCAGGUUCUGUGUGAACCACCUGACUCAGGUGACUCAGACCGGAGCCUUCUGGCAGGUGGACGGAGGGAUGCUGAAGGAGUUCAUCAGCCGAGCGAGCCGCUGCGGGGCCUUUAAGAACUGAGCGGUACACGCACAUUUUUAUGAUUUUUAUAAACUGCACUGAAGUGGACGUGUUUGCACUCCUCCACACGUAGCCGUUCUCAUCACAUUCCUCAGAGAGCAUCCCCCCUUUUAUUAAAAAAAAUAAAUUAUUUACACAUUUCCUGAGGCACAUGUCAGAAAAUCUGCAGCAUCACUCACAAGAUGCUGCAGGAUGUGAAGCUCUGUUAUCUGCAGAACAAAAGCACUUUGGUGAAUUCCUGUGGAGUCACUGGACAGAUCCCUGACGCCUCUCCAGACGUCCUUUACAUGCUGUCUGCAUACUUGAAUUUUAUGUUUUCCCGGCCAGCAGUUACAUGUUCCAGCAGGUCUUAACGUCUGGGGAAAGUAAACACAGGAGGAGAAAUACAGCAAAGUGUUUUAAUGAACUAUCCGUGUCUUAGUUAUACAAAUGAAAGACAUAAGCUUAAGUAGUCACUUACAAUGCUCAGACUUAUACUACCACUUUAUGCUUCCUGUCAUUCUUAGUGUGUGAUCUUUGUUUUCAGGCAAAAGUAGCUCUUACAUGUUGUGAGCUGCACAUUUCUACAGUCAAAGAAACAUUGUGGGAUGUAUUUAGUGUUUUUAUACUCUGCUCUGGGAAUAUUCAUUCUGCCUGAUUUAAAUCUUGUGUUCUAUGGCACUUUAAGAAACUAAGUCUUCUCUCUGCUCAGUGAAACAACAAUAUGUCAGAAUAUUUUCAAUGCUGUGGGAGAAAACUGAUGUGUUAAGUUAAGAGUAAACAUUUGAUACCGCUGCUUUCUCUUCUUCCAUGCAGGUGUAAACAUUAUGAUAUAUAUCUAAGGUGGGCGAUGUAGCGAUAUAUUACAGACUCUUUAUAAUCCAGGAAUGACCUAAUAUCCCUGAUAACAUGGGGAGCUCUAACAAACUCAUUUAAGAUUUCUGGUUUAGCCUGUUUUUCAUUGUAAACGCUAAAAAAAACUGCAGCUUCAUCCAGUUCUUACAUCAGAAAUGAGCUUAAGCAAUAUAAUAACUUCAACAGAUAAGUGUGAUGUUUUGUUUUCGGUUUGACUGCUGAGGUUCAUGAUGACCAAAAGCUGCCUGGAAGUUUCAGUUCCACUUCUUAAAGAGAGAGAAAGAGAUUAUUUACCAGCUCCACUGGCAGCACUGAGAUCAGUUUCUGUUUCUAAUGUUAGGUUUCGUUUUCCUUCGUGUUGCAUUCGGAUGCUUGAAAUAACCAGUUUCAUUUAGGUCAGAAAACAAACUGUUAAUUCAAUUAUUUUGGGGUUCUGUGGCAGAAUAAGGAGCAGGUUUACUGUUUGUCUUUAUGUUUCAUGUGCAAUGCAAACUGGGGAAAACAAUGUUGUUUUGCUUCCUGUAUGAGGAUGAAAAUAUAUAUUUCUAUUGUGCUUUGUUAGCCCUUUUAUUAUAAAGGAAACUUAUUUAACUGCAGGUAAUUUGUUAUAAACUCAGCUUAUAGCCUAAAAGUUAACUAUGAGGUAAACAGCACUACAAUUACAAUUUUUUUUGCUGUUAAACAAACUGUUAAAUAUUAUUUCAAAUUUGUUUUUGUACUAGUUAUGGGCUGACAUUUUUUUUUUCUGUGAAUAAAUAAAAAAACUUUUUAAAAAUUA